AUGGCAGAGUGUCCUGAACCAACAUCCAACGGCACCACUAAUGCAAAUAUUACAUCCAACUUACUAGUUAAAAUUGAAGACCUUGUGAAUUGCCGAAGCGUUGAGAGGCAAAGGCUGGAGUUUAAGGCAUCAUGGAACAAGGGCCCAACAAUGUUUCAAGUUGUCAAGACCAUCAGUGCAUUUGCUAAUGACUUUUAUAAUGACGAUGGUGGAUAUAUAGUGAUUGGGGUGGCAGAACCAGAAGAGAUCGAGAGUUUAGAAGCUGCAGUUGAACAGAUCGUCCUUCCUCCCGCCGGCAUAAAUCCGAAGGAUAUUGAACGUACCCAGAAGGAAAUUUUGGGCGCAUGCAAAAGCCUUAUAUCGCCAUCGUACUCGCCAAUAUUGUCCCCUGAAGUACUUCAGGAUAAGCUGGUUUUAGUUAUAUGGACACAAGCUAGUGAUGAUCGACCACAUAAAGCACGUGUAUCCACCAAGGGCGAAUAUCAUUAUUUCAUUCGCAAAGGACCCGAAACAAAAAGAGCCACUGAUAAAGAGAUCAAGUCUUUGAUGGAAAGCUCGUGUAAAACACCAUUUGAUGAUCGUAUGGCUAGACUGGGUAUGUUCUAUCAAGUAUUUAGUCAGUCAAUUUAUACAAGUUGGCGUUUUAAUUAG